UGCGCCAUAUGACGUCAAUUUCUAAUUCGCUGAUUCACACACACGACUUCCGCUGCUAUUGGACAUACUUUGAGGAAUAUUCUCGAAUGUUUGUAAAUACUGCUGGUGACAUUUCGUCAUAUUUUGUUGAGUUAUCAUACACGGGGCGAAAGGUGCACAUUUAGAUGAAGGACAAUUCCAUUUAACUGAAAAAGGCAUGUGCGUGUCUCACGGCAGACGAACUGUCAUGGCAUCCAAGUACACAACUACAACAAACACCUUCUUAGUUCAUCGGAAUUAAUUAGAUAUUGUGGUAUAUAUUUUGAUCAUCUUGAAGGGGAUUGAGAUAACUAUACAUCUUAGUCAUUUUCUCUACAACAGGAAUUUUGAAACGGCAUUCAGUGACUGGUUUCAUACCAUUUCCACAGUUAGGGGGCGACGCGAAACAGAACAAAGUGCUUUGUGUUUACUUAUGAACAUGGACACGUGAGCCCCAUUGCGGGUGUUUAUGACAUAUAACUUGUUAUCACGGAAACUCAGAUAGCUGCUGGCAUGAGAUUCAAGGAGUAUUUCGCUGACGGAUUGCUCAACAUAGCUAUUCUCCUUAGUUUACUGAGGACAGAUUUGAACAAUGUGGUAGACCGUAAUUACAGGCAUUACCCUGAAGUCCAGGACAUCCUGCAUGGACAGACUGCUGCGAUUUCUUUAACCAAUUUUAAUAAUUACAUUGAUUCUCUUCAUGGACGAAUUCAUCCCAAAUCACCUGACAAUAAUAUUGAUACCAUUAUUCAAGAUUUGCGUUCCCUAAGUCGGCUUGGUAACUGGCAAAGAACGUCAGACAAUGGAAACAAUGGCGGUAGGGGUAUCUCUGCUUUUCUUGCCAGCACGUCAACAUUGAUACAGCAACCUGUAGUUAGCAUUAACAAUCAACAUAAUGAUAAUAAUAAUAACAAUGAAGAUGUGGAUGAAGGGGACAUUCAGGACGAUGAGCUGACAGCUGCAUUAAACCAAGGAGAUGAAAUUGAAAACAAUGCACAUAAUGAGUUUUCUCUGUAUGAAAACAAUGACUUUGGAUCUGGGGCAGCAUCUCCUGACCAGCAGACAGAAGAGCCGACGUCUGAGGAUCUUGAUUUGAUAGACGUGCUAUGGAGACAAGACAUAGACCUGGGAGUGGGGAAGGAGGUGUUCGACAUCAACCUCCGCCAGGAGCUGGAACGAGAACGGGAGUUGGAACUCCAGAAGGAUAGAGAGAAACAAAAAGAAAGAGAAGUCCUGCAGUGUAAACAUGAAGAGCAGAGAUUACAGCAGCAAAGAAGAUGGUUGACAGAAAACUUUAUGCAGGAUACAGAAACAGGUGAAUGGGUACCCCUUAGAGGAAGAGCUUCAAGUGGUCAGCCUCCAAUUCCGAACAGCCAGCUUCAGAACUUUAUGCCAUACGAUAACAACAUGACUGUGGUGAGCGAGCCCCCGCCCCUCGAGGGAGAUUACGGAAUGCCGGAACAUCAGUAUCAGCACACGUCUCAAACAAUGGCACCUCCUCAAGCGCAGCCCUCUCAGAUGAUGACUGGAUUUGGGCCAGACAUGGCUAACUACACAGCAGCACAACAGAAUCCCGAGCAAUAUACUCCAAUGGAAAGCCUUGAGGAGAGAUGGCAAGAUCUUGUGAACCUGCUGGAACUGCCUGAAAAUGAUACAAGUAUGAGGCCCCCCAUGGGGAUGGGCCCUGUGAAUCAAACUGUGGUGUCCCCUACAGACCACAACUCGGUGUUAAUACAGAAUGCCACUCUGCCUGUGGCCCCUCAGCUCAACAACACACUGCCGACACCGUACUCAAACACUUCAAUCCCACAGCAGCCGAUGACUAACUUCACCUCAACAAGUUCGAGCGAGGGCUGUCCGACCCCUCUGGACUGGGAGCAAAGUGAAUUGUUCUAUAAUAAUGGAAGUGGUGGGGAAAACCAUGCUGAUCCCAUCGAAGACAUGGAGAGUAUUCUCCCCGACAUAAUCCCCGAGGACUACAACCUCACAGAGAUGGCUCUUAAUGAUGGUUUAAGGUCGAUGAGAAUGCUUGAUGACAAUAGCAGUGAGUCGGGAGUGUCCCUAGGGAGCUCAGAACAGGACCAGUUCAGCGAAGCAGCUAUGUCGCCGUUUGAUAGUCUGGAGGGUGCCACCGGUGGCCACGACUACAGUGGUGGAUCGCCAGGCUUCAACAAAGCCAGCAGUUUCGAGCACAACAAUUACAGCAAAUUUAACGGUGGUGGUAAUGGCUACAACAGCGAGGGAGACAACUACAACAGUGUGGGUGAUAGUUAUAGCUCGGGAGGCAGCUCCAACGGGGACAGUGCCCACAGCUCCUCUAAUGACACCGACUUCAAUUUCCCAUCAACAAAAACGAGCCACAAUCACAUUCGUCACAAUCAUUCAUACCCCCUGCAGCCAGGUCAGUCUCCGCGCGAGUACAAGAAAUACUGCACGUCCAUGGAGAAAGAACCUCGCCACAAAGGCCCUCAUUGUAAAGAUUCCAAACGGAUACAGGAACUGAAAGUGCCGUUAACAGUGGACGAAAUUGUUGAUGUACCCGUUGAAGAGUUCAAUGAACUGCUUACGCAAUACAAACUUACAGAACCACAGUUACAGUUAAUCCGAGACAUUCGUAGACGAGGAAAAAACAAGGUGGCCGCUCAGAACUGUCGAAAACGAAAGUUAGAUGUCCUAGUAAAUCUUGAGGACGACAUGUCAACUCUCCAAUCAACUCGUGAUCGUCUGCUGCAGGAGCGGCAUACCAUUGACAAGCAGACACGUGAAAUGAAAGACAAAUUUAGCUCCCUGUACAGGGAGAUAUUCCAGUCACUACGCGAUGAGCACGGUCGUCCGUACGACCCGCAUUUGUUCUCGCUGCAGCAAUCAAGUGAUGGAAAUGUGUUCUUGGUCCCCCGUAACAUCACAGCAGAUGAACAGCAGGCUAAGAGCAAGAAGAAGAAAAAUGAGAAAAAGUGAACGUGUUUUCAGAGCUCAAGCAGCAAUUUGCCUCACAGGGUUCCUGACCUUUGACCUUAGUACUAGAGCCUCAUCACUGAGGAUUCAGGGACAAAACACUCAAAACUUUUGGUCCCAUGAACAUUAUUGUUUCAUUUAAGUUCGUAAAUCAACAUUUGCAGGGAAAAUUGGUAAAAGACAUAAAGGUGUGAACAUUUUCAUAAACAGUAGUCACAUUACUGGUUUUGAGUAGAGGACUACAUGCAUACAGGUUGUUAAAAGAGACAGACUAAUAUAGAUCUGCAGGAUCUCAACUGGUCUUUAUCAGUGUUUGAAAUAUAUAUUGGGAUCAUUAAAACAAGAAUUUCAGUCCUACAAUUCAUAAUACGCCUGAUGUACCAGGAACAGUAGACUAUACAAAACGUUUAAAGUCUACAGGGUAACAUAUGAAUUCAAUAUCAUGUUUCCUUCCCCCAUGAAUUUUGAUGACUGAACCUGAUAAAAAAUGAGAUUUUAUUUGGUACCUCAGGAUUUCAAAAGAUCUGCAUAAGCAUCUGUGGUUUGGUAUGGAAAAUUUUGGCCUGAAAUUCCAGGUUUUUUGUGAUAAAGGUGCUUUAAUUAUCGAUUUCAAAUCGAAGUCAUUAGUAGGGUGUACAUUUUAAAACACAAUUAACUUAUAUUGAUAUGCAUGGUCAAUAAUCAUUGAAGAAAAUCUAAAUAUUACUUCCUUUUUGUGAAAUUAACUGUAUCUCAUGAUUCAGGGAGUAAAUUUAAUUGAAAUUCCAAAACAGAUGAUUGUGACUCUAAUAUUGAUGGAUUUUUUCGUUCUAUUGUUAUAUUAUAUCCAACCCCAGUACCAUGUGCUAACAUUGUGAUGAGUAUGUCACCGGUAUAUAUUGAAGUAAAACCUUACUAGCCAGUGGUUAACCAUGUAGAGAUAUCUGCACUGCAAUGGUUUAUGAUAAUAAACAGCAAGAUCUCCACCGGCAAUGUUGAACUUUAUAGUGAGGUGAUGAGCAUCAGUGGUUAACAAUAGCAAGAAUAGGUUAAUCCACAUCAAAGGGGUUGGUUACACUUAGGUUGACAUCAUUCCAUAUCAUUGUCUUUCAUUGGUUACAAAUAUUGUAGUGCUGACUUCUUGUUCGUGUUUGGUAGAUCUAUAUCAUUCAUAUUACUUUCUUUAGCAAUUUCUCUUUUGUUUCUUUAUGUGUGUUUGUGAUUAUGGGAAAAAAGUUUGACUGUUUUCUGUUGUUUUGAAUAAAUGUUUUGUUAAUUGUGUGGAGUAAAAAUCAAAUUAAAAAUUGUGAGUCCAAGAAAUGGGGUAUGUACUUGUUACUGAAUGUAUUGAGAGAGACCGAGAGAGAGAAUUUUACUUCUAUUUGAGUAAUUGUAACAAAGAGGCCUGUUGUUGUCUGGGUAGGUUGCUAUGUGCUGUGGAACCUUGUUUGUCUGCACUCUUUUUGUGCAUUUAGAAGCAGAAUUACAAAGAAAUGAUUUACUACACAUUCAGAAAGCAUAUGAUGUUUAAUCAGUGGUUGCAUAAGUCCUAACUAAUUUUCAGAACAAAUUUAAUAUAAUUGAAAAGAUAUUGUUCUGUAAAAUUAUUCCACUAUUAUGUUUGUUUGCAUCAAGAAAGUGAGUUUUACAAAAUAUCUGAGUGCAGAUUGACACGGUUCCUUUGUGACAUAUGUUACAGUGUUCAUUGAUUGCAGUUUUGUUUUCACAGUUUUUUCUGUCUUACAAAACUCAAAAAAUGGGACACCAGUAGGUUUAUUCUUUGGUGUUAGUUUUUACGGCUGAACUGUUAAUAUGCCGAUUUCAUUGAAGUCUGCUAAGAUGAACUGUCAUAUCUGCCCAAGCAUUUCAUUUUGAUAGCAUGUAAACAUAGAAAAUGUAUUCAGUUGCCAUGUCCUCCAUAUUGAGUAACCAUGUAGCUAAUAUAUAGAUCAUAAAUAGUGACUGUAAUCCAUUUAUCAUUAGUGUGCAUAUAUAUGUUUGGUUUAUACGAUUAAUAGUACACUUUCUUCAUCAGCUACGUCAUAAUAACAUAUGUAUCAUUCUUAAUUUUUUUUACAGCUGACAUCAUAUUGAGAGAAAUGUUGAACAAUUUGUUAAAAGAUUUUGUUAUAAAUUUUGUUGAGUUAUGAUAUUUAAAAUCUGUUAAUGAUUAUAUGUGUUUUGAGUCCUUUGCUAAGUAUUUCACCUAUGUGCCUGCAACUGCUCCCCCCAAAAACAACCUUGAGACGCUCCUUUGACUGGAUCAAUGAAAAUACCAUUGCCAACAUAAUCACCUUGAGUUUCAGAGGUAGUUAAAUCACUCAAUCUUUAAAUUUUGCUGUAAUGAAAUCCAUCCAGAAAAAAGCCCAAAUGGAUGUUGAACAACAUUGUUCCACUUUUUUGAGGUUGUUCUAACUGAAGAAGUAGUGUAACUGUAAAGGCUGAAAUAACUCUAAAGUGAAAGUUAAGUUCUCAGCAGCUGACAUAUUGUCACCAAUUAACAGUUUCAUGAUAAUGGUAAAAGUAGAGGAUAAAUUGUCUCUUUAUUAUUUAUAGAAUUUGUAUUGAAGGUAAAUAUGAUUUCUUCACUUUGAAAUCCAUGUUUUGAACAGGAAAAAAGAUCUUUUGAUAGUUUAAGAUCAUGGAUAUUUCUACAAAAUAAACCCCAGACAAUUAGUAGGUAUUGUGCAUUGAUGAUCGCUUUAUGGUAAUUCUUGUUAAAGGAAACAUCGCUGGAUUUUGAAUAUGAGCAAAAAUAAUAUGCAUUUUUAAAAAAAAUAAUUGGUUUGUUAGAUAUUUGAAAAUCGACCAUUGCAAUUUGGUAUUACAUUUUGGUUAAAUGAGUUUAAUUAAUUUAAUACAAAGAAACUAUAAUUGAUCGUAGUUUGGUUCUUUUGUUAACAACUUCCGUUACGUCAGAAAUUAAUACAAGACAUGCGUUUGGUCAUUGUCUGCCACAAGCCAUAGUAUGCCUUGUUAACUCAUUCACCCCUGCAAUUAUAUAAUGAACUAUUCUUACUUUUGAAUGGACGAGUUCAAAUAUGUCAUCAGGGGUGAAUGAGUUAAGUCGGUCAGAUCAGAAGAACAAUAUUAGAUAUCGGAUAGUACCGUUGGUCUACCUAUUCUACCUUCUAACUCAAUUCUGGUAUACCAGUGUGCAUAGACGCAGAUAACGGUUGUACGUUCCUGAUAUUAAUAUCGUGUGCUUGACAGAAUGUCGGCAUGAAGUCUGACUGAUGACCGAGUGGAGAUAAGCUGGGGUACAUACCCAAACAAUAGUGAUCUGUAGUGAUAUGUAUUGUCAAAAUCUGGCGAACAGCCGUCCAUUGUAUAGCAAACGAAUAUACACGGUCGUCUGCAUUUUAAAAAAGAGUUUCCAAUUCAAUGACAAAAUGACAUAUUCACUAUUCACUAUGUGUUCUGAUAAAAAAAAAAACCAGUGAUCCUCUUUAAUAUUCAUAAAAUAGGUUGCGUAAAAUAUUGUAUAAUAUGUUCACAUCUUGUUUCCGAUGGACCUUUCUAUCUAAAACAAACAAGAUUUGCUUCAAAAAUAUAUACGAGGGAGUGGCACAAAUGUUUUUCUUGACAAGAAUUUCAACGAUUACAGUUGAAAUAAAAGAUAUGAAGAAAUGAUCUGGCUGUCUGUGGAUGGUAGAAUUGGCUGUUAAAAGUGUUGUGCUAGCCGGAUAAGGGACGUUGAAACAUCAGGGUUUAUCAUGGAAAUGCCAUUUAGCAAAGGAUGGCUUCAUUUGUACCAUAUUUUUGUGAUAUAUUAUAAAGUGCUAUUUUUCCACUGAAAUAUGGUGUUGCAUGAUGUAUACAUGUACAGUAAUGAUGUUCUAUUUCAUUGCCUAAUGAAUUCAUUGUAUAUAUACAAAUUGUGAAAACGAAGGUUUUGAAAAAAUAUAGAAAUACACAGGUUUAUAUGAAAAUA